AUGCCACCCAAGCAGAUGACAGGCAAGGGCCGUACCCUCAACGAGCCCAGCUUCGCGUCCAGCACCAUCUCAGCUUUUACGAGCAAGGAUAACAGGAGUAUUGUUACUGCCGCGGGAAUGUUCGCUAGCACGAUACAGAAGGAAAACAGAGGCAAGGGCAAAGCUAAUGACCGCGUGUAG